AUGAGCAUUCAAGACAACCCUAAAAAUUAUACUUUUUAACUCAUGAGGGCAUAAGAGUCCCGUGUUUUACUUGGAAAAAUAUCUAAUGCUAGGCCAUUAAUUGAUAACAAGUCACCAAAGUAUCAGGGAUCUGUAGGUCCAAUGAGAAAUCCAUCUCGAUCUAAGAAUAUUUCUAGGAGAAGAGAAAUAGAAAUAGAAAAUAAUGCACUCAUUCAAAAAAUGCUAAAAAUUAUGCAGGUAAAUUUCAAGUAAUAAUGUAUCUUAAAAUUCAAAUAGAGAGGAACAAGAUCUACAAAUACAUCGCCAAUGCACAAAAAAAAUCAUUCUAACAGCUCAUCUUCAGCUUAGUUACAUAAUAUUUCUCAUCUGCCAGGAGGAGGCGUUCCAGCUCAUUUAGCUUUAAAUUAAUCAUUGAACAUUACUCAAUUAAACCAGUAAAGCAUCAGGCAUGCGAACAACUUAUCAAUGCUAACCUCAAACAGCCAAUAAAAUUCCCCAGGCAAAGUUGGAAGUUUAAAUUAUUACAAAAGAAAAAAAGAUAUCGAUCAUAUCAAUCAAACUAAUUAGUAGCUUCUUAAAGCUCUUUAAAAUGUCAAACCAAGUGUUAAUAGAGGAGACUUAAAAAAUCAUGAAAGUAGAAUAAAAAAGCUCAAGCAGCACAUCGGCUAAGUACGAUACGGAUCACCGCCUAAUUUCGUAUUCCCGGUUGUUUCACAUAAUGAAAAUCAUAACUAUCACUCCUCUCAGUUCGUAUUUGUCAAAAAUCCCUCCUAAAUAAACCUUAGAUCUAGUGGAUCCAGAACCAGAUAAAGAUCAAGUCAGAAUCUUACAAACAUUUCAUCUUUUGCAGCAAAUUAGAUUGCGAAUCUCGAAAUAAGACCAUAAACCUCUCAGGCCCAAAGUAGAAAAAGGCUUAGAAAUUAAUAGAACUAAAGUGCUGAUUUCAACAGAACCACACGUAAAAGCGAAUUAUUGCAAAUCAUAUAAAAUGAUGAUUUGCAAUAGUCUUCCCGAAUUUCAAAUAGGAAUUUGAAGAUCUCAGCCACAGGAGCUAUUGAUGAGCAGAUAAGCAGAUAAAUGGAGGAUUCCCCAAAUGAUGAGCUGGAGUAUAACCCUAAUGAUGUUAAAAAGAGAGCUAUUACUCCAGUAGCUUAACCAACUUACAAGCAGUAACAAAGAAAAAUUAAAUCUAGAUCAUCUAAGUAACCAUUGUCAUAAUCUCAUAAAUUUAACAAGAAGGAUCUUUAGAUUAUUAGUAGUUAUUAACCCUCUUACCUUGGUAAUCAGCCUAUAUAUACCUCCAAAACUCCUGCCCAAUAAAGACGAUCUCCGAUGAACCCAUAAUCCUAUAUUGGACCAAUUCAGACUCAUUUCUUUUAGUCGAAGAAAUUUUAAAAGCCACAAACUGCUCAAUCUACAAAACACAUUGGCUAGAAUGCUAUUCAUUAUCAGCAUAUUAACAUGUUUACUAAUAAUCUGCUAGAUUAAAGUCAGGAUAUGUCUAACCAUUCAACUAAUAAAGUAAAAACAUCUUUAAAUAAGCACCAAGAUAGUACCAUCAAAUUUAUAGAGCCAAAAAUUUAGAUAAGCAAGGUUGAUGAAAGCUUAAACCAGAAUUAAGUAGAUUUCUACUCUACAAAGAUGCUAAAUUUAGGUGAUAGUCCUAACAAUCAAGAAGUAUUACAUCAAUCUCCAGACUUUUAGAAUUAAUAUUAACUUAAUGCAGGCUCACCAGUAAAUAAAUAAAAGCUAAAUUUUGAUAAAGAAUCAGUUUUAAUGAAUCCUUAGGGCAAUAAUAAUAAUAGUAAAGUAAUGAAAGAUUUGACGGAUAAACAGCCUAUUCCAAAUAACUAAGCUGGGAGAACUCAAGCACCUAAGCUUGCCAGAAAAAAUACUAGAUUUGAUCCGAUUGAAGAGUAAAAGUACUCAGUUAAAAAUUAGCCUAAAAUUGGUAAUUAGAAAUCGUAGGUAAAAAACAAAGAAUUACAGUAAGCUAAUGCUGAAAAGGCUAUAGCACUUUUAAAGAAUCAGAAAAAGAUAAAAGAAAAAGCUAUUCAUAAUGCUAAGAGAUUCAUUGAGAUCCUGAAAUAAAGAGUGAUUUACAAAAAAGCAAGAAUGAUGCAAGAAAACAAUAAGAAAGAUAGAUAAGUUGUAGGAAGUCUAUUAGGAGGGCUAUUAGGUGUUAAUACUAGUGCAGCACAUCCAGAAGGAGCUAGUAUAUCUGUAAGGUAUUCAUAAGAUUCUUUUGAUCUCUAAGAUCAGGGAAAAUACGAUGGCCCUAAGGUUGAAGAUAAGGAAGCAUAUGAGAAAUAUCUUUAGCAAAAUAGAGCAAAUUAACUAGCCACUAGAGAUUUGCAAGCUGAAGAGGAACUUAUUAUUUAAAAAGGAAGGAAAAUACUCAAUUCUCUAAAGCUAAAAAUAAAAACAUAAAAACUGGAAUAAAAUGUAAAAAAGUUUAUUGAAAUCCUGAGAGAAAAGGUGAUUGAAACAAAAUAAAAAGAAGUUGUUAAGAAAAUGUUUGCUAAAAGAUUUUAGGCUAGAAAUCUUCAAAAAGUUGCAAUUUAAAUAAAUAAAAAAGAGGAAAAUUCUAUUAUCAAAUAGAGAGAGGAAGCUAAAGAGAAGGAAGAAAAGGCAAAGCAAUUAGCUUCUUAGUUUAUUUCGAAUAUUCAGUAAGAAGAGGAUCAGUAAGUGGAUAAAUCUUUGGAGAUUAUUAAGAAAAUGAAGUCUAAUGUCUAGAAUCACAAUAACAGUCACAAGCAAAGAAAUACGUAAGAGCAUUUCAAUUAAAUGUCAAAGAGAUGCCAAUAAAUAGUAAAAGGCUUCAUAAACUUGUUACAGCGUAAAGUUCAAAUCAAGGUACUUGUAAAGAAAUUUAUUAAGGUUUUCAAGGAAUAAUGCUAGAGUAAAAGCAAAUAAAUUAGUAGAAUGACUACUAAGAGGGAAGAAUUGAAGAUAUUCAAAAAUUUUGCAACUAAAUUCAUGAUUUAUGGUAUCACAAGUAAAUAAACAAAUCAAAUCAAUGAGAAUGAUUAAGAAGAGUCUAUAUCCCAUCGCUACUCUGAUGAUGAUCAUUCUAUAAAGUCUUCUAUUAAAUCUAUUAAUGAAUAAGAUAAGAAGGAAAUUUAAGAUGAUAUAAUGAGGAAUCAAGUAGAAAAUUAAAGCAGAUAAUAGCCUACCAACUAUAAGAGAAGUAGCACUGUCUAAAAUAGUUAAAGUUAGAAUAUGAAUGGAAUAGCUCAAACAGAUGAAGAAAAAGCAAUGCUGAAUAGCAACUAAUUUAUCACUUAGAUAAAGACUAGUCAGAAUUAAAAGCAAGAUAAUAAAGUUUUAGUCAAAAAAUUUGUUGGUAUAAUUAAGAAAAAUCAUCAUGAAGUGUAAGUUGCAAAGAAAGCUUUUAAUUAGAUGAAGAGCAGUGUCAGAAAUAAGUAAAAUUUUAGAAUGAAUACUGUGUUCUCAUUGUCCAGCAAAUCGAAGAAGAGCUUUCAUUCAGCAUAAACAGUAGGCAUCUCACAGAUUAAAGAUCAUGAAUUUCAUGAUGCCGUUAAAAUAGAAUUUAGGAGACUUAUGGCUAGGAUUUUCCAGCUUAAGGAAAACUAAAGAAAUACUAGUAUUUUCGUUCUUUACUAUACUUUUGAAUUCAAACAAAGAGCUAUGAUGUUGCUUUAAAGAGCAUUCAAGAAAAACUACGGCAAAAAAGAUGAGGAGAGAGCUAUGUAUGAAGAUGUGAGAAGAUUUAUCUUUAUAAAUUAGUUAAGGCAAAAAUAUCUAAUUCAAAAAGGCAAAAUGAAAGCAAAAGAAUAUGUGUUUAGGUUGAGAUUCCUUGCUCAAAGAAAAAGAAAUUUGAAGUCCUAAUUACUUUACUUGCUGGAAAAAAACAAAGAAAAUAAAGAUAAAGCACUCAAAUAUUUCAUUGCUAGAUUAUUUUAGCAGAAAUCUUAUUAAGCUCAAGUUUGCUACAAUCCUUUUGUAAAUAAUAAUCUGUUUGUUACUGAUGUAAAAAUGUACAUUGCCUAGCUAUUUCAGAACUAGUGCGAUCUUAUUGGAAGACCAAGAAAUAUAUUCAAGAUUUCUAAUAUAACCCCAUCCUAACGAUAAAUAAGAUCUUUUAUUGCUAAACAGUUUCAAAUUAAAUCAUACAAAAUAGACUAAGUCAAGUAAAUGAAGGUUAUUGGUAUACUCAAAUAAAAAUCCUCAGUAAAAAAACAGAAUGCAUUGAAGUUUACUUAAAAACUGAGGGCUUCAAGGCAGUAACUCAAUAUCAUUAAGAAUUAAGACAUUUAGGAUUAAAUCUUCAAAGAGUUUAGAAUAAUGUUGGCUAAAAUAUUGACAAGAAAUAUCGCUUAAAGAGAAUCUAGACUGGAAAUUCAUCACAUAACUAGCAAAUGUGUUGAAGAAGUACUAGCUAUUAUCAGAAAGUACUACAAAUUAAAUGUAUCAAAGAAGCUUACAAUAAAAGAGGACUUCUAAGCAAUCAAGGGCUUCUUGAUUUUAAAUGAGUUAAGGCUAAAGCUUAGAAAGGAUAAGGGUGUUUGGAAAGCCAAAGAAUUCAUGGAUAUAUUAAGAUACAAAAUAGAGAGAAAUAAAAAUCUUAAAGCCCUAAUAUACUUGCUUCUCAGCUAAGUUUCAUUCAAGGAUUAGAGAAUUAAGUAAAUGAAGAUUGCACUUGCCAUGUUAUUCUAGUAGAAAUCCUAUAAAAACUAUAAGAGAUAUGAUCCCUUUGAUUAAGUUUCACUCUAGACUAGAGAUAUAAGACUAUAUAUAGCAGACAUGUUCUAGAAUAAUAGAAAUUUACAAGGAAGACCUAUCAACAUUUUUCAAAGAGCAAGACUAAAUAAGACCUUUAUAAUCACAAAGAGAAAAGUCAAAUUUUAUCUCGCUAAACUAUUCUAAUAAAAAAGAUAUGUUUCUGUAAUGAAAGAUGUGAUAGAUAAAUUUGCAAUUCCAAAACCAAAAUAAAAUUCUCUUAAAAUGCUUUAUAACAAAAUGAAAGCAACAAAAGAGGAUUUUAUUGGAUUGAAGAAUAUAAAGGAUUAAGAAUUUAUGAAAUAAGUUACUCAGGAAUUUAAAAAAUUAUUUGUCAAACUGUUUUAGCUUGAUGAGAAAGAAAGGGAAUCGAGAGUAUAUUAUAAAUAUUUCGCUUAGGAUUUUGUAAAAUCAGUUUUGCAUUCAUUAGAUCUGCUGAUGCAGAGGCUAUAAAAAUAAUAAGCAGAACCCGAAUUAAUUCAGGCUAUUAAAGGAUUCAUAUAGAUUAAUGUGAUGAGAAUUAAGGAUAGGAGAUAGAAGGGUGGUCUAAAGGCAAUAGAGUAUAUGAAUAGACUGAGAUUUUUUACAGAAAGGAAUAAAAAUUGGGCUAAACAGAUUAGAUACAACCUAGAUAUCUGCCAAAAUGAUGUACAGAGAUACCAAUUUAUCAGACUCUUCAUAGCAAAAGUCUUCUUGAGAAAAUCAUAUGAAGAGAGCGUAAGGACCAAUCCUUUCAAGUUUAAUAAACUCACAGUAAGAUAAGUCAAGCUCUUUGUAACAGACUUGUUUUAAAAUAACAAGAACCUAGUUGGAAGACCUCUAAAUAUUUUUGCAAAGGCCAGAAGAGAAGGACAUAUGUGUCCAUCUUAAAGAGAAAUUAGAGAAUAUGUGGCAAAAACUCUCUAAGUAAAGAACAAGGGAAAAAUAAUCAGUGAUGUAGUGGCCAAAAUGAAAAAUAGACCAAAUUAGAGCUAAUUUCAAAAAAUGUAUCAAAAGGUAAAGGCUAAAACACCUGAGAUUAUUGGCAUCAAGAAUAUCAAAGAUCCUAUUUUCAACACUCUUAUAUUUACAGAAUUUAAAAGAUUCCUUACAAAAAUACUGUAGAGAAGAGCUAAUUAGAGAGGAUCAUAAAUCUUUACAAUAUACUUGGCUCAAGGGUUUGUCAAUAAAACUCUAACGCUCAUGCAAGAAUUACUUAAGAGGCUUGAAUCUAAAAGACAAGAAGCAACACUUUAAGUAGCAUUAAGAGGAUUUUUACUUCUGAAUAAUCUAAAAUAGAAAUAUCAAAAAGAAAAAGCUCUAAGAAAGUCUAAAGAAUACCUUAACAGAUUAUCAUUUAAUAUUAAUCGAAAGAAAAAUUGGGGAUAGCAGAUAAAAUUCUGCAUGGUUUUGUAAAAAACCUAUUUGCAGAAAUUAAAAUUUAUGAAGCGAUACAUUGCUUCUUUGUUCCAAUCUAAGACUUACAGGUAAUCUGUUAGAGAAAAUCCAUUUAAGUAUAAUCAUCCAACUGAGAAGCAGGUUAAGCUGUUUAUUUGUGAUUUAUUCCAAAACAAGCAUAAUUUACUAGGAAGAACUGCUAACUUUUUUAAAUGGAAGCUCCUAAAGAUCACAGAGCAAAAAGUAAGGUACUUUAUAGCUAUGCGAUUCUAACAAAAGCACUAUAUGUAUUUGGAUUCCAAGAUUUACAACAUCUACAAAAGAGUCAAAACUAUAUUCUUAGUCAAAAGGUUCUCAGAUUAUGUGAUGAUUAGAAUAAGGAAAAUAAGAGAAAAAAAUAAUAAUCUGGCAGCAGAGAUGAUGAAAGUAUUAAAUGAAUAAUUGGCAUUAAAUACUAGUACUGAUCAGACCAACUCUUUUUAGAAAUAUGGUAUUAACAACAUGGAAUCAAUCUCGCUAGGAGAUAUCAAUGAUUCAGAUCAGAGUAUCUCUCCUGAAGAAAAGCUUAUGCUCUCGAAGAUGCUUUCUAGUUCAAAGUAACAUAUCGAUGAAGCAAAGAAAGAUAUUAAGUAAAAGGUAGGGAUGUUUAAAAAUUAAAUGCAAAAGAAUUUUGCUAAAGGCAUGAUCAGGAGAAUAUCAAAUAAUCAAGUUGAUGUGUCAAGUGCUGAUCUUUAAAACUUGGCCAACAUACUUUAAAGGAACAUCAAGGAAGAACAUGCAACAGAUAAUGCCAAGAAAUUCAUCUAAAAUAUAAAAACCUAGCAAAGUCAGUAAGAGAGGACUGCAUAAAAUGUGAAGACUUUUGCUGAUAAAUUCAAGAAAAACUAUGGCAGAGCUAAAAUUAUAGAAGAAGAAUGA